CCCACAGCGCUGGGUGGACGGGCUAGUGGGGUCUCCGGUAGUGACUUUGGAGCUUGCCGAGUGGCGGUGCCAUUGUGGUGAGGACGGCGGCCCCGGGGAGGCAGGGCUGGAGCUUCCUCCGUCCCAGACUCAGCGCUGCUUCUCGUCCUUCCCGCUGCAGAUGAGCCGGACGAGCCCCGAGUCGGAGCGGCCUCCGGCAUCCGAGCCCGUGUGGGAGCGGCCCUGGUCUGUGGAGGAGAUCCGCCGCAGCAGCCAGAACUGGUCGCUGGCGGCCGACGCCGGCCUGCUACAGUUUCUACAGGAAUUCUCACAGCAGACUAUCUCCAGGACCCAUGAAAUCAAGAAACAGGUGGAUGGAUUAAUUCAGGAGACCAAAGCGACACAUUGUCGUCUGCAUAAUGUCUUCAAUGACUUCCUCAUGCUGUCUAAUACCCAGUUCAUUGAGAAUCGGGUGUACGAUGAAGAAGUGGAGGAGCAGGCCCUCAAGGCCGAGGCCGAGAAAACCCAGCAGGAGAAGACUCGGGAACAGAAAGAAGUCGACCUGAUCCCUAAGGUCCGGGAGGCUGUGAACUAUGGCUUACAGGUGCUGGACAGUGCCUUUGAGCAACUUGACAUAAAGGCGGGGAACUCGGACUCUGAAGAAGAAGAUGCCAACGAGCGGGUGGAGCUGAUCCUCGAACCAAAGGACCUCUACAUUGACCGCCCUUUGCCUUAUCUCAUCGGGUCAAAGCUCUUCAUGGAACAGGAAGACGUAGGGCUUGGAGAGCUCUCCAGUGAAGAAGGCUCUGUAGGCAGCAACCGGGGAAGUAUUGUGGACAGUGAGGAAGAGAAAGAAGAGGAGGAAUCAGAUGAAGAUUUUGCUAGUCGAAGUGACAAUGAUCAAAACCAGCAUACCACACAGAUGAGUGAUGAAGAAGAAGAUGAUGAGGGUGACCUUUUUGUUGACUCUGAGAAGGAGGGGGAUGAUAUUGAGGACAUCGAGGAAAAUGCCAAGUCUAAAAGACCUACAUCUUUUGCUGAUGAGCUGGCAGCUCGGAUCAAAGGAGAUAUCUCAAGUCAGCUGAAAGAGGAACAGAUAGCAGAUGGAAAACUUCAGAAGACAAUGAAGGAGAAGAAGGAAAGGAGAACACCUCCAGAUGAUGAAGAGGACAUCUUGUUUCCACCCCCCAAGUUGACUGAUGAAGACUUCUCACCGUUUGGCUCUAGAGGUGGCCUCUUCAGUGAAGGACAGGGACUUUUUGACGAUGAUGAAGAUGAGAGUGACCUCUUCAGGGAAGCCUCCCGGGAUCGGCAAGCACAAGCUCCCGUUAGUGAAGAAUCUCCAUCCCCCAAACCUGGAAAGAAAAUCCCAGCAGGGGCUGUUUCUGUAUUUUUAGGGUAUACUGAUGCGUCUGGAUCCACUUCUGCUCCAUCAUUGAAGGAGUUCCAGAAACAUGAGCAGUCCACUCCAGGGAAGAGUCCACAUCUGCCAACUCCUGCUGGCCUCUUUGAUGAUGAUGAUAAUGACGAUGACGAUAGCAACUUUUUUGUGCCAUCUUCUAACAAACCUUCCAAGACUGACAAAAUCAAGUCCACUGCCAUUAUCUUUGAUGAUGAGGAAGGAGACCUCUUCAGAGAAAAAGCAGCGGCUCUGCCAGAGGCUUCUGUGAAUCAGACAGAUGAACACAGAGAUAAAACGAUCACCUUCCCUUCCAGCCGAAAUCCGAAGCUUGUGUCAGAAACAAAGACUCAGAAAGGUUUGUUUUCAGAUGAAGAGGACUCUGAGGAUUUGUUUUCUUCUCAAAAUUCAAGUAAGUCAAAAAGUGCAUCACUUCUGUCCAGCCAGCUCCCCACAUCGGUCUCCCUUUUUGGUGAUGAAGAUGAAGAGGAUAAUCUUUUUGGGAGUGCCCCAGCUAAGAAGCAGGUUUCCUCUCUACAACCUCACAGUCAAGAGAAACCAAAACCUUCAGAGCAGCCCAAAAAGAAAGCAUCUGCCUUGCUAUUCAGCAGUGAUGAGGAGGACCAGUGGAAUAUUACUGAUUCACAUACCAAGUUAGCACCUGACAGUAAGUCCAAAGGAGAACUAUGGGACUCAAGGACCAUCCAAGGCCAAGAAGCAAAGGCUGGGAAAAAGACCAACCUAUUUGAGGAUGAUGAUGAUGAAGUUGAUCUGUUUGCUAUUGCAAAGGACAGCCAAAAGAAGACUCAGAGAACGUCACUCCUCUUUGAAGAUGAUGCUGAUAGUGGAAGCUCUCUGUUUGGCUUUUCUCCUGCAUCUGUUCCUCCUGCAACAAUGAAAAAAGAGAGCAUCUCUGAGGUGCCAUCAUUGUUCAGUGAUGAGGAGGAGAAUGAGGUACCAUCCGGUGUAAAAUCUGUGGAUGUGAAGGUUGAUAACACCAAAGUGUCCCCAGAGGUGGGGAAUGCUGAUGUAGCUAAUGUGGUAAAGAAGGAAGCACUUUUUACUACAUCUGACCAGGAAGCAGUCGGGCCUGAUUUAUUUUCUUCUUCAUCUCCAUUGGACAGAGGAACCAAGGGUAGAACCAAAACUGUCCUCAGUUUGUUUGAUGAGGAAGAUAAAGUGGAAGAUCAGAGCAACACCUGUGUGCCACAGAAGGAACUGGAAAAGGGUCUCAAAACUGAUGGCCGCCCCAAGAGCACAGGCGUCUUCCAGGAUGAAGAGCUGCUUUUCAGCCACAAGCUGCAAAAGGACAAUGACCCAGAUGUUGAUCUUUUCUCUGGCACCAAAAAAACCAGGUUGUCAGUGCCCCGUGGUGGGAGCCUGUUUGGUGAUGAUGAAGACGAUGAUCUUUUCAGCUCUGCCAAGACUCAACCUGUGGUACCAGAAAAAAAGGGAUUACUGAAAAAAGACCACCCUGUUUCUUUAAAGAGUGAGAAAACUCCUGAGUCUACUCAAGGUAGCAAAGAGAAAAGCUUAUGGAAAGCAGAAACACCACAGGAUUCUUCAGGUCUCACUCCAUUUAAAAGCAGAGAGCCAUCCAGUCGGAUCGGGAAAAUACAAGCAAAUUUAGCCAUUAACCCAGCAGCCUUGCUGCCCACAGCGGCUCUGCAGAUCCCAGGAACAAAGCCUCUUUCAUCUGAACUAGCUUUUCCUUCAUCUGAACCUGGAAGGAGCCACGUCCCGGAACGUGUGCCCACUCUUCCUGGGAGUGAGGAGGCUGGUGUCAGUUUCGAUCUUCCAGCCCAGGCAGACACCUUACACAGUGCAAACAAGAGUCGUGUUAAAGUGAGAGGAAAGCGUAGACCACAGACCCGUGCUGCGAGGCGGCUGGCUGCCCAGGAGUCCAGUGAAAGCGAGGACAUGAGUGUCUCCAGAGGACCCGCUGCACAGUUGGCCAGUAGUCCCGUCUUACCAAAUGGCCAUCAACCUCAGCUGCAGCCCAGGAUGGCCAGUGAAGAGAUCAGCUCUGAGAAAGCCGUGGCCCCAGCUGCUCCACCUUGGGAAAGUGGUCCUGCAUUGUCUGGAGGAGACAGAAGCUUUUUUGUGACUUCUCUGCCUCAGACUGGAAAUGAGGCUGACCUGUUUGAUUCAGGGGACAUCUUUCCCCAGAGCCUAGGAUCACAGUCCAUGGAGGGAACAAAAGUCAAGGCAGCAGAGACCCCAGCCCACUUGUCAGGAGGAAGUAAAGAGAAGAGCCUUGUGUUUCCUGUUCUCAGUGAGGCCAGCAGUGCUGAUGAUCUCUUCCAGACUGUCAAACCAAGACCAACAAAGAAAAGAAGCCCUUUCCCCCUCCUUGAAGAUGAGGAUGACCUCUUUGCAGAUCAGAAAGGCAAAAAGAAGGAGUUGAAACCUGACAGCCAUCAGGACAACAUAUCAAAAACACAAGACAUUUUUGAGGAUGAUAUAUUUGCUACGGAAGCAGUUAAACCUUUUCAAAAAAAGAGAGAGAAGGAGAGAACUUUGGAACCCAACUUAUUUGAUGAUAAUAUUGAUAUCUUUGCUGACCUAACUGUAAAACCCAAAGAAAAGUCCAAAAAGAAAGUGGAAGCCAAGUCUAUGUUUGAUGAUGAUACAGAUGAUAUUUUCUCCUCUGGUCUCCAGUCUAAGAUGUCCAAACCCAAAAGCCAAUCUGCAGAGGUCACAUCUGAACUAAGAUCUGAUCACAAAGUGUCCAACAUUUUUGAUGACCCCCUGAAUGCCUUUGGAAGCCAGUAGAGCAUGUGGGGUCUUCACAGUUCAUCCUCCCAUUCUGUUUGCAGUUAUUGAUGCUCUCUCCUACACUCACUGUCUUCACUGGAUCCCCAAAGCAAAUACUGAAACAACCAGGUCAACCUUUACCCAAUGUAACUAAUAUUUUUCUGCACUGAUUUUAAUUAUGCUUAAGGUUACAAAUAAAAAAUAAGUGCUUCA